GCGGAGCGGGCGGCCUCGGCGCUGGGGCGGGCGGUGCCUGCCGGCCCGCUGGGACGUGAAGCGCGUCCUGCCGGGCGGGGCUGCGGCCUUACCGCCGGCGCGUUCGUCGCGGGGGCGGUUCGGGUUCGCCUGGUCCCGGCCUUCCAGCUCCCGGCAUCGAGCGCGCCGGGCGCGUUCGCUUUGAAGCGCUCGUUCUGCAGUGAGUGCGUGCGGCACCGCGGCGGCAAGCGGUGCUUCUGCUCAGCCCUGCGCCUCGCUUGGUUUUGUGCGGGGCCAGCUGGGUAAACCGGCUGUGCCUAUUGAAAAGCCGUCUGUGUUUCAGUCUCGUGUUGAAACUUCACCAAGGGACUGGUAAAUGCGUUUCCGUGCUGCUGCUACAGAUCAGCACAUCCUCUUGCCACGUUGCUGGUAGGAUUUGUUUUUAUCUGCCUUUGCAGAAUUGAGGUAUUUCCCCUGCCUCACGCUCUCCUUCAGCUGGACUGCUCACGAAGUGGUGCUGUAACAAGAGCAGGAGCUGUCUGAAAAGCGACCUGCCAAACACCCUUUUCUCUUUCCCCCAAGCUAGAUCCCUUGCCCAGCUGAUGGCGUGGUCUCAAAAACAGUUGCGAUGGCCCACGGCCCGGAGCAAGCAGCCGGCUGGGAGACGGGCUGGUGACUUCUGAUACAACCAGACACUUAAGGGAAGGAUUCAUAAAGAGAAGCCUGGAAAGACUAAAGCUGCAAGAACAGGAGUUGAAAAAAAGGAAAGAAAAUUUUUAAAAAGGGGGAGGGAAAAAAAAGAAGAGGUUUGAAAGGUGAGGCUGGACUUUAGAGAAUGUCCAUCAGCUGUUCCUUCAGAUUGUUACACUAUUUCAUACCAAGUGGCAUCCAAGAAGGGAGUGUCAACUGUAAGAACCCAGGCUUUGAGGAAACAGGAAUCCAAGAACUUGAACCAAUGCCUCAUAGUUUUUAAUGUGUGUUACUGUGGGAAAGAAAAGCAACCUAACUCAGUGUGUAAGGCAUCAGAUGGCAUCUGUGUUAUGAGAAAGUGGUUGGACUAGAGACAUUCUGAGAUCCUUUCAGACUUGACCAUUCUAUGCUUCUGUGGACCUGGAGUGAAAUCUGAGAGCUGCUGCCCUCGGAUUGCACUGAGGCUUAAGGCUCUGCAUGAGGUUGUUUUCUUGUGUUGCUUAUAAACUUAUUUCUAUUAUUCUAUGCUGCAGCAUCACAAAUCAAUGUCUUUAUGCUUUGAAGUAAAGUUAAUGUGACAGACAUUUCUAGGUGCCUCCCAAGUGACUGUAAGGUCCAAAGCUAGGAAUGAGCACUGUUUUUCUGCCUUUCCUUCCACCCUUUUUUACACAUUGGUUUUUUUUUUUUUCAUUGUUGUUAUCUUUAGAGCAGUGGUUUUGAAUUUUGUAUAUGAGUAACAGUAGUAUAUAAAAGCUUAGAUGCUGUGGGUAGUCUGCUUGUAUUGCAUCCUACACUGUCACUGGUAAUUAACCAUGUUACCCACCUUCAUGUCUAAAGAAAAGCAAAGAAAAGAAAACCAACAAAACAAAAACAAAAGAACACCCUGAAUUUUAGAAUGUUAUGGCAGUAGCACAAAUAGAACUUGGUCAGGUCGGAUGGGGCUCUGAGCACCUGAUGAAGCUGUAGGUGUCCCCGUUCAUUGCAGAGGGGUUGGACCAGACAGCCUUUGAAGGUCCCUUCUAACUCAAACGAUUCUGUGAUUCCAACAUGGUAUAUAAAAUGUUGGAUCUCUGAAAACAUUGCUGUGUUUCUAUUUUUAAUUGAAUAUAUUCUUACUCAAAUGCUUUAAAGUUAGGAAUUUUAAAUACUUGUGUGAACACUUUGUUCCUUGAGUUUUCUGGAGUUUUCCAUAUUAUAUCAUGUUGGCUGUUUAGUAGAUCUAUUUUCUACAGGACAAGGUUUCAAAAAAGCAGUGGCAGCUUCAACUUGAAUUUUUAUAACAAUGGAAGUGGUCUUGUAAUUCUUAAUGUCACCCUCAUGCUAAUCUAUAGGGGAGCUUUGUUAAGGUAAGAAUUAGAUCCAUAUACUUAGUCUCUGAUUGUGUCCUUGGAGACAAAAGAUAAUGUGGGUCUGUCUUCUUGGCAGUGUGUAUAAAGAAAACCCUAGAAUACAAACCAUUAGAAGAGGUAAAUGCAGAACUACUAUGUUCUAAAUGUGUGCAUCAGUUAGAUGGAUGUCAUCAACAUGUGUUGUUUCUUUAAACAUGUUAUUGUAACAACCAUCAUUUCUUAUUAGUCUAAUGUGGGUUCUUGGUGACAGGUUGCUUAUUAUUAGCAGUUCAAAGUCUGACAUCCAGUUUCCUAGGACUCCAAGUGUAAAACAAGUGUCAUCUAAAUUGUCCCAUAUUGAUAAUUACCUAGAAAAAAACGUGAUGAUGAACAAAAGGUUCAAGAGAGAAAAAAGAAAGCUAAGCUCAAGAAGAGAGGAGAGGCAGAUAGAUGGAGAUGAAAAGCAUCCCCAAAAGCAGCACAAAGUACCAGCUGAAGAACAGCAGUGGCCAGAGAAUGUGCCUGAAUGGGAAGAAAGGAAAUCCCUGCUAGCUCAGAGAAGAGCGGAGUCUGUCAGACUGCUUACAGUGCUGUUAAACCAUGUGAAAGACUUUGUGCAGUUGGCAAGUCAGAAAGUGGAUCCUUCACUGGGCGUAAGGAAGGAUGAUUCCUUUUCUGAACCAGCAUUAAAAGCCAUACACCAGAAACAGAUUAACUCCUGUUAUCUUAUGCACAAAGAUUUGGAACACGAGGAAGAACUUAAGUGUCAGUUAACCCAAAAAAAUAGCAGCUUACGUUGUGAGGACGGAGAUUUGACUGCCUUCUGUGCAUCUACUUCUCAUAUAGUCAAAACAAUUUUAAAUGACCCCGCUCCAGCUCUGAGUUCUGACAGAUUGACUGGCAGAGAUGCAUACAACUCCUCCUUUGGCUGUGGAUCUUUACUGAUUACAGUGACUCAAGACUGCAAGGUCAUUGAAUCUCUAGAUGGAAGGGACUGCCAAACACUGAACGUGGUUCACGCACAGACAGGGUCUGAAGAUGGUUACAGAAAGCAAAAGGUUUAUGAGACCGAUGAAUUCAUUCAUUAUUUAUUAAACUACUAUCAGACACCAAGCUAUGAACGUGUUUCCCUAGGGACAAAAAACUCUGCAAACAAGUCCUGGUGGAAGAGAGUGGUGUGCGAUGACGACAGUGGUUUUCACAUCAGCUUGUGUAACAAGCAAGGUCAGCAUUUCAGAGAAGUGAGUCUUGUACAGAAUCUCAACAGCAGAAAUUGCAUUGGUGAUGAUAACUGUAGACUAGUGAUCACUGCUGGGGAAUUUGAAUCAACAGACACAGUGUUGAAAAAUAAGACCUGCGCAGAUAGGCUCGCAAAGAAGUUGCAAAUACAGAGGGAUGACACACUCACUGUUGAUUUCUUAUCACAUGCUGAACCAAAUCAUUCUUUGGAUUGCACUGCUGCUGCUCGUGAUGAGGAAUUUGAACGAGAAGAUGGUAGAAAUGAAGUUACCAAACCAUACAAAACUUGUAGAUCUUACAAAUUACAGGACGUGUUGGAAGAGAUCAGUGAUUCUGAGUACUUCAGUGAGGCAUGCAGCGGUGCAGUGAAGAGUACAGAAAGGAGCGAACAGAUUCACAGCAAUUGUAAUAAAGGGUGCUUGCCUGCAAUAGAGAAAGAGAGAAAAUUACUGGUUUAUUUCAAGAAUGUAACUCUGGAAGGUCAAACAAAGGAAAGCAGCAAAUGUAACUUCUGUUCUAAUUCUGCCCGUGAGGGCUUGGCUAGGCAGUGUGAUCAUAACCUUGAAAAGUCAUGCAAGAGGUCUAGCAGUAAAUUAAGACAUAAAGGACAGAAAAGUGAGAGACAUUUCAGGGAAGAGGAGGGAAACACUUACAAAAUGAAGAAAAAGAGGAAAAAGCUUUCUUCUGAUUUUUUAUCUGAUGAAUGUGACUUUUCAGAGACCGAGAGUUGCUUACAGCUGGAGUCACUCAGAAAGAUACAAAGAAAAUGUAAUAAAGCGUUCCACAACAAAGUGAAAUUCAAGACACUUCACGCAGGCACAGCAGCACCAGGCAUCACUGCUUCUGAUUGCUUUCCACUUCAGGAGACUCUCCGGUGCACAGGAGAUGAGAGGAAAUUAAUAUUGAGAAGAGAGAUGGAUGCAGAUGAAAGAGGAUGCCCUCUCUUUCCUCUCGAGAUAAUUCAGACAAACCCCUGCUCAGACACUUUCUGUGGAGCAGAGCCCAGAAGAGGAUGCUGAACAGCUACUAUAUAAUAGCUCUUAAGCUCCUAUGUAAAAGUGGAAGAAGAAAGCCCUUUAGCCGUUAAAAGGUAUUGGAAAUACUUGGGCUUUUUUUCCUUAGACAAUUCCUUCAGUUAGAAUUGUCUAACUGGUGUAGCAAGCCACAAAAACAGAAUCUUUAUUUACCUUUUGGAUGCAAGGACCAAAAUUUUCUCCAGGGCCAGACAAGCUUUUGUGGACCAGUUGCUAAGAAUUUGAAGAUUUAUGGAUUCAGAUCUCAGAGAUAAACUCUGACUGACAUUUACACAACUCCCUAUGUUUACAGAUACGGUAUUUAGUAAUAUCAAGUCCCUAGAAAAAAAAACAAAAACAACAACAAGCACAUAGAUAUAUAGAUCAUAGAGCAAGGAUAUGAAGUGCCUUCUCAAUCAGAUUGUUAAAAUGAUGGAAUUGGAAGCUGUGGGGGACAUUUAUAUGUAAUGGUGGAGAAUAAUAGAUUUCUAAAUAAGAAAAAAAUAUAUAGUGUUCACAGUGGAAAAAUACUUGUUUACUAUUCACAAUUCCGAAAGCGUUUCUGAAAACCUGCUGGUCUUUGGAAGGAAGGAUUUCACAAUAACUGCUAGAUGUAGCGCUUCUGAGAAUCUGAUUUUCUAAGCACAGCUCUGAAUGUUGGACAGUAAAAGAGCAAUGUCUGUCAGCAUAUUGACAGCUCAUACUUAUGCAGGUUGAAAAUACCAUAGAAUCAUAAAGUCACACCGUGGCUUGGGUUGGAAGAGACCUUAAAGCCCCCCAGCCCCAUCCAUGCCAUGGGCUGGCUGCCCACCCAGCCCAGCCUUGGGCACCUCCAGGGAUGGGUGCACACACCCUCUGCCAGGGCCUCAUUGCCAUCUGAAUAAAGAAUUUCCUCCUCACAUCUGACCUGUAUUUCCCCUUUUAGUUUAAAACCAUUUUCCCUUAUCCUAUCACUAUCAGACCAUGUAAAAAGCUGGUCCCUCUCCUGCUUAUAAACUCCCCUCAAGUUCUGAGAGGCUGCAGUGAGGUCCCCCUGGAGCCUUCUUUUCUCCAGGCUGAACAAGCCCAGCUCCCUCAGCCCUUUUUUAGAGGAGAGGUGCUCCAGCUCUCUGAACAUCUUUGUGGCUUCCUCUUGUACCCGCUCCAACAGCCCCACAUCCUCCUUGUGCUGGGGGCCCCAGGCCUGGUUGCAAUACUGCAGAUGGGGCCUCACGAGGGCAGAGCAGAUGCAGACAA